UAAUUUGCAAAUGGACGGCGAGGAGUAAUUUCCUGUCGGUUUGUCAUGCAUUUUCGGUGGUCUGCCACACAAUUUCUUUAGAAGCGUCGGUUAUGGGAUCUAUAAUACCCUCUCCCCCUUGCAAUUCAUUUCAUAUUGGAAUCCUCUCACAGAAUUCAGAAUUCAGAAUUCAGAGAUCAAAUUAAGCUUCUUGUAAAGGCUUCUGUUGAAUUUAAUGGCGGAAUUCAAGGAUUUUUUGCCAACUAUGGCGGAGAAAUUGGAGGAACCCGAAUUUAUGGAGGAGCUCUGUAAUGGAUUUCGCCUUCUGGCCGAUCCUCUGUUAGGGUUGAUUACUGAGGAGAGCUUGAGGAAAAAUUCUGCUGUUUUAGGGGCUGAAUCUUUAACAGAUUCGGAAAUUCAAGCGAUGGUGCAGGAGGGAGAUUUGGACGGCGAUGGAGCUCUGAAUGAGCAUGAGUUUUGCGUUCUGAUGAUUCGAUUGAGCCCUUCUUUCAUGGCGGAGGCAGAGGAUUGGCUGAACAAAGCCCUAGCCCAGGGACUGAAAGAAUAACUGUAACGCUUCUUAUUUAGGUUUAAAAUCAGAGAAAGUUAUAGCAGUAAGAUGCAGAGAUUUCUUUGAGGCUUUCUAGAUUAAUAUGUUUAGGAUUUAGACAUCUGUAACAGCAAGGUCCAAAGAUUUCUCUCAGGCUUUUAAAUUAAUAUGUUUAUUAUUUAGAAAAUAAUAACAUCACGAUGUCUAUAUUUCUUUGACACAUUUGGAGGAAUAAUGGGAGAGGUUAUCCCCAAAAACAUUAUUAUAGAUUUUUAUAAUUUAUGAUGAUGAUAUAGAUUUUUAUAAUUUAUGAUGA